CCAGGCGCUCAGAGCGCUCUGGUGCCGGACGUUGCGCGGCCGCGACGCCCGAGGCGGGCGCGGCCCGGCGCUUUGGGGUUCCCUGCCUCGCGCUGUGUCCAGCGCAGCCCAGCGAGACUUCAGCCCGCACGGCGCGCAGUUGUGCAAGAUACAUGUGUUCUGGAACACCACAGAAUACCUUCUGCCUGCCACUCCUUCAUCACCGCAGACAGCAAUCUUCCUGAGGGGCACAGAGUGGAUCAACUCACUAGUAUUUGCUCACGGAUUCUUUGACUUUGCACAUAAAGACCACUGUGUGUUCCCAGUAUAUCAUGGCUUCAACUUCAAGCAGUCCCACUGUUGGGAGAGAUGCCAGUUCAAAGCUCAAGUCCAUGAAGCUACUUGAGGUUCUGAAUGCAUUGGAGGAGGAGGGUCCUAGCCACCGCAGGGAAGAGAUCUUCAUUGCGCCACCUGACAAUGCCUCAGGGGAUUUCACUGAUGAGGACUCAGGUGAUGAAGAUGGCCAGCGAGGCUCCCAUGUGCCCGGUAGUGUGCUGCAUGCCUCUGUUGUACCUGAGGACUCUGGCACUGAGGAGGAGGAUGACGACCUGCAGCCACCACCAGCCAUGAAGAGGCAGAAGGCAGCAGUGGAACCUCAGCGUGUUUGGAUCAAAAGAGAUAUCCAACCCAACUUCCGCAGCUGGACUCCAUCAGAUCCCCAUAUAGAGGAUCUCAAAAGCCAGGAACUGAGUCCUGUAGGCCUAUUUGAGUUGUUUUUUGAUGAAGGAACUAUUAAUUUUAUUGUUAAUGAAACCAAUCGUUAUGCUUGGCAAAAAAAUGUCAACCUUGGGCUCACAGCCCAGGAAUUAAAGUGUGUUUUGGGAAUUUUGAUUUUAAGUGGGUAUAUAUCCUAUCCAAGGAGAAGGAUGUUUUGGGAAACAUCUCCUGAUUCACAUCAUCAUCUUGUGGCUGAUGCAAUUAGAAGGGACAGAUUUGAACUGAUCUUUUCAUACCUGCAUUUUGCAGAUAAUAAUGAGCUGGAUGAAAGUGAUAGGUUUGCCAAGGUCAGGCCUCUCAUUGUCCGAAUGAAUUGCAAUUUCCAGAAGCACGCACCCUUGGAAGAGUUCUACAGCUUUGGUGAGUCCAUGUGUGAAUACUUUGGACACCGGGGAUCCAAGCAGCUGCCAGCAGGGAAACCCAUGCGUCUGGGCUACAAGAUCUGGUGUGGGACAACCAGCAGGGGCUAUCUGGUGUGGUUUGAGCCCUCACAGGGCACACUGUUCACCAAGUCAGACAGGGGCUUAGACUUAGGAGGUAGUAUGGUGGUAAAAUUUGUGGAUGCUCUUCAGGAGCGUGGCUGUUUGCCAUACCACAUAUUUUUUGACAAGGUUUUUACAAGUGUCAAACUCAUGUCCAUUUUGAGGAAGAAGGGGGUGAAGGCCACAGGAACUGUUCGUGAAUACAGGACUGAGCGAUGUCCCCUCAAAGAUCCCAAAGAACUUAAGAAAAUGAAGAGGGGUUCAUUUGAUUAUAAAGUUGAUGAGAGUGAGGAGAUUAUCGUGUGCCGCUGGCAUGAUAGCAGUGUGGUUAACAUCUGCUCUAAUGCUGUGGGCAUAGAGCCAGUGGAGCUGACCAGCCAUCAUUCAGGAAUAGCCAAAACACGGACCCAAGUCCAUCAACCAUCUCUGGUGAAGCUGUACCAGGAGAAAGUGGGGGGUGUCAGCCGGAUGGACCAGAAUAUUGCCAAAUACAAGGUAAAGAUCCGGGGCAUGAAGUGGUACUCAAGCUUCAUUGGCUAUGUCAUUGAUGCUGCCCUCAAUAAUGCUUGGCAACUACACAGGAUCUGCAGCCAUGAUGCCCAGGUAGACCUCCUGGCCUUCCGGAGAUAUGUGGCCUGUGUGUACCUAGAGAGCAAUGCUGACAUGUCCUCCCAAGGGAGGCGAAGCAGACGGCUGGAAACUGAGAGCCGCUUUGACAUGAUUGGUCACUGGAUCGUCCACCAGGACAAGAGGACUCGGUGUGCCCUUUGCCACUCGCAGACCAACACCCGCUGCGAGAAAUGCCAGAAGGGUGUCCAUGCCAAGUGUUUCAGGGAGUACCACAUUCGGUGAUGCAGAAUGGACAGAGGGAGCCCUGUGGAUGUUUGGUUUAUAAUGAAAUGUUUACAGCUAAUUUCAUAAAGCAGAGCACUUGUGUUUUAUUUGUGUUGGAAAAACAACACCUGAAUCGCUAAUGAUUUGGUCUUGUAUUUUCUACCCACCUCCAUUAGUUAUCUUUUUAUUGUCUUCUGUGAUACCUACAUGUAACAUAAAUUAAUAUUUAUAUUGGUAAUUAUAGAUGUUUGUAAAUCUAUAGAUUAUACUGUUACUUAUUUCAAAUAAUGGGCCCCUGUGGGUGAUUCCUGUGGGUGAUAGAUGAGUCCUAGUUAGGAAAAUCAAAUAGAACCAAAAACUUUAGAGAAACUUUCAUGAAUAGUAAAAAGAUUUUAUAAUUGUAUACUAUUGGUUUUAACAUAAGAUGAGACAAUAGUAUGUAAGUAUGGUAUCAAUAUGAUGAAGGAGAUUUUAAUCAUAGUUAUUUCACUUUAACACUAGCAAGCUGUUUAGGAAUAGAUAAUCAGCUUUGUGUUUAUCCAGAGGGCUAGAUUUGUAGACUUUGUAUUUCCUUGAUAAAAAUAUUUUCCUAAUACAAGUGUAUCCUUAUGGAAUUCAUUUUUAUAACUAGUGUAAGAUAGGUAUCUGGUUUUUCCCCCUU